AAAAGACUUGGGAAAUUCAACCCCUGCAGAUGCCCCUUUUGAGAAGAGACAUCGCCAAUGCACUGUUUGUGUUAAUUAUAUCCAAGACCCGUUUCGGGUUUUAAAUUAUCUACGUGUAGAGUAAUUUAGUACUACUAUAUUUGAUAGACAUGUUUCCCUAUAAUAGUUAACUGAAAUACUUUCGGUGGAGAUUUUUUCCUCUUUUGGACAUCAUUCUUAUCUGUUGUCGCAUUCCGACCUCUUGGAUAUGACGUCAUAAUUAGUGGUCAGUUGAACCUUAUUUUUACAGGGGAUAAUUUGAAGAGAAGUACAGAGUUUAUUUUAUCAAUUCGCCAUUUUAAACAAUUUUGGACAAAGAAGACUGAAUUAUUCGGUAUUUUCACAUUUUUUCUUUAUUGCUUUGGUCAACUCACGGAUCUAUAAAGCUUCGACUACCGGCGCUUGCCACGUAGAAAGAACCACUAUUCCUUCUCGCGGGAAGCAAAGGGAAGAAGUAAAGGGCGAUUGUUAGCUAGUGCAGCGAAGAAGCAGAGACAAGAAUGGCGGCUUAUCUGAUUCUCAUUCCCGCCAUCUUCAGUUGUUUCUUCUUCUCUCUCGCAUCCCAAAAUGCACAAAAUAGCAACCACAACCUCUUGAUCCGUGAAUUGCACGACGCCAAGCUCAAGAUCUCUCGUUUGGAAUCCGUUCUUGAGGAAAGUGUUCAAAACAUGAAUGCUAAAACCCUUUAUCUCAAGGAACGCGAGAAGCUCCUCGAGGAGAUGGCCGACAAGAUCACUUAUCUGCAGUCUACUCUAUCCAGUCUUAAGGAUGACUCAUUACUUGCUGAUGAAAGACUUAAGGAUCUGGAAGAGGAGGUACGUCUGCUUUGGGCUGUUUCAAGAAAGAACAAUUUUGAACUUCAUGUUUUAGAAUCAAAAGCACAGGAGGCUGAGGAUAAACUGGAAGUGGUUACUUUACAAGUUGAAAAGAUGGCAGAAGUUGUUACAGAACAAUGGAUUCAAAUUCAACAUCUUGAGCAGGCACUUCAAAUUGCUGAAAUGAGGGCAUCGCAAGCUCGAAGAGAAAGGAAUAUGAGAUGCACAUUCUUAAAGUUCAUUAGCGACCUUUCUGAAAGACAUGUUCCAAAGAUGUUUGGGGCAUUGGGUUCUAAUUCAUUGAGCAAAGGAUCUGCUAUAAAUUACUACAUCUCUCAAGCUCUGCAACAAUUGAGAAGAUUAUUCUCAGCAAUUAAAAAGUAUCACCAUGAGUUGCAAGGUUUCAUCAAACAAGAAAUGAGAAGAAAUGAAUUCACUGCAGCUUUUGUCAAUGAUGAACUGGUAUUCUUUCUGGCUUCUGCUUUGAUUACCUUCCCUAUACUGAGUGCUUGGAUGCUGCUGUUAUCACAGUUCAGCUAGGUCAAGAAACCUUACCUUCCAUUCAGAUGUAGUAGCUUACCUUGAAAUACUGGAUACCAUCCAAGCUGCUGCAGUUUGUGUCCUAUUCUCUCUUUUACAUUUUGGUUUUGCUAUUAAGAAAUGAAAGAAGAGUUGACACUUGCACAUCCCCACAGCACUGGCUCAAUUGGUCUAUAAUCAUCACAUAAGUCUACUUCAGCAAUAUUCCGGGUCCAGGUCAAUAUAUUGCUAUCAAUGUUACGGGGUCCAGAUCCCAUACGUUGUGAUC